ACAAGCAUUAGGAGGAAACAAACUUGCUCUCUGUGGCCGCCUCUGGGUGCUUUGUUACUUUACUUCCCUCUCAUUAUUACAAAAGGACUGUGGAGUGAGAAGUCGUCUCAAAGUCAGCUGUUGGAGGACGUGCUGAGAACAAGACGAAAUGUCUCAGGUGCCAGAUGGGGCAAGUCUAGUGAAGUCCCAGAUAACAUCAGAACCCAAACAGGACUCAGACACAAUGUCUCAGCAACUUCUCUAUCGAGCUCUGGUGUCUGCUAAGUGGGUGUCUGAAGCAAUCAAGUCUUCUCAGGCUGGGUUGGCUGUCCGGCUCCUGGAUGCCUCCUGGUACCUUCCCAAAAUGAAGCGUGAUCCUCGGAGUGAGUUUGAGGAACGGCACAUCCCUGGCGCUGCUUUCUUCGACAUAGACCAGUGCAGCGAUCGCACAUCGCCUUAUGAUCACAUGCUACCCAGUGCUGGGGAGUUUGCAGAGUACGUGGGCAAGCUGGGUGUGAGCAGUGACUCCCAUGUUGUGGUGUAUGAUGCAAGUGAUCAGGGGUUGUUUUCGGCCCCUCGUGUCUGGUGGAUGUUUCGGGUCUUUGGGCAUGAAGCUGUUUCCCUUCUAGAUGGUGGAUUAAAGAACUGGGUGCGGGAAGGGUAUCCAGUCAGCUCUGGAAAGAGCCGUCCCACCCCAGCUGAAUUCCAUGCCUCUCUAGAUAAGUCAAUGGUGAAGACCCACAUGGACAUCAAAGAGAACAUUGAGUCACGCCAUUUCCAAGUUGUGGAUGCACGGACUGCUGGGCGGUUCAUGGGGAUAGAACCUGAGCCUCGGGAAGGAAUUGAGCCUGGUCACAUCCCUGGCUCAGUGAACAUCCCGUUCACCGACUUCCUCACAGAGGAGGGCUUGGAAAAGAGUCCCGAGAAGAUCCAGAGCUUGUUUCAGGAGAAGAAGGUGGAUCUCUCCAAACCUCUUGUGGCCACUUGUGGUUCAGGCGUCACUGCAUGCCAUGUGGCACUGGGGGCAUACCUGUGCGGAAAGCCUGAUGUUGCAAUUUAUGAUGGAGCUUGGGUGGAAUGGUUCAUGAGGGCACGGCCUGAACACAUCAUUUCGGAGAGCAAGGGAAAGAGCCAGUGAGAUACAGCCUCCUGUCUCAGCUGAAGCAGAAAUGUUGCCUUGACACUGGGAAGAGAACAGGCCUAACAAAUCAUAAGAUGUCUUGCUGUCAAGUAAAGAUUUUUUUAAAUGGA